AUGGCCGAAUCAUCCACAACCGCUGGCGAGGCUCCCAAGGCAUCCUCGCCUCCCGUCGCCAUCGUCUGCGUUGGCAUGGCGGGAUCUGGAAAGACUACUUUCAUGCGACGCAUCAAUGCUCACCUUCACCAGAACGACACUCCUCCAUAUGUCAUCAACCUCGAUCCUGCUGUACUGUCUGUGCCUUUCGAGUCCAACAUCGAUAUCCGCGACUCGGUCAACUACGAAGAGGUUAUGAAGCAGUACAACCUCGGCCCCAACGGCGGAAUCUUGACUUCUCUUAACCUCUUCGCUACAAAGGUCGAUCAAAUCGUCAACCUGCUUGAGAAGCGCGCCCAGCCCGAUCCCGAGAAGCCCGAUCGCAAACCCAUUGAUAGAAUUCUGGUCGAUACACCUGGACAAAUCGAGGUCUUUGUUUGGUCCGCCUCUGGAACUAUUCUCCUUGAGUCGCUUGCGUCUUCUUUCCCUACUGUUAUCGCCUAUGUUAUCGAUACCCCGCGAACUGCGUCCACCUCGACCUUCAUGUCCAACAUGCUUUACGCCUGCUCUAUUCUUUACAAGACAAAGCUUCCUAUGAUUCUGGUCUUCAACAAGACUGACGUCAAAGACGCCGAGUUUGCCAAGGAGUGGAUGACCGACUUUGAGGCUUUUCAGGAAGCCCUACGAAAGGAUGAGGAGUCGGAUGAGCUGGGUGGUGUCGAGGGCGGUGGCCAUGGUGGUAGCGGAUACAUGGGCAGUCUUCUCAACUCUAUGAGUUUGAUGUUGGAGGAGUUUUACGCUCAUCUCAGCGUUGUUGGUGUGAGUUCACGACUGGGAACUGGUGUGGACGAGUUCUUCGAGGCGGUCGAGGAAAAGAGACAAGAAUUCCUGCGCGACUACCAACCCGAGCUCGAGCGAAAGAGAGCAGAGCGUGAGGAGCAAAAGAAGGUCACCCGUGAGAAGGAGCUGGACAAGAUGAUGCAGGGCAUGUCAGUCGGCGGUCUACCCGUCGCCAAGGAAGAGGACGACGCCGAUGUUGCCAGUGAUGAUGAUGGCGAUGACACUGACUCUGAUGAGGAGAUCCAGAAGCAAGGUCUGCAAGACCGAUACGAGGCUGCCAUGGGUGACCAGGAUGAUUCAGUCAUGGCGGACGCAAGUUUCGCAAAGUACCUCCACACCCAGAGGUAA